GUAACAUUUCAUAGAAAAUUAAAUUAUGAGUUACAAGCUUUCGAUUAUUUUUAAGCUUGUAAUUGACUAGAAGUUUUUUAUUAGAAAAUUAUUGUAUUUUAUUUAUAAAAUUUAAUGGAAUGAACUGUUCCCAAAAGUAUCUGGUUCGUUUUUCAAUACCUGCUCAUAUUUCAAAGAUUCGUUAGAUUAUUAUCAUUGAAAUCUUUCCAGCCGGCCGGCAGGUUUGUUGCAAGAUGCGAUUGGGUAAUGUGCUGUCAUCAACCCUUGUGGAAAUGUUUGUCGGCCUUGUCAAUUUUAUCUAUGAGAGAGUUUUCGUAAAUGCUAUUAGAAACUAAUAUAAAGAUCUGAUUCAUGUACAUUCCAUCUUAUCAAACAUUUUCGUACUUUAAUCUACUGAUAUGUCGGAAGUUCAGAAGUUCAUUUUCAUAUAUACUGUAUAAAUAUCUCCUUCACUGCAGGAAUUACUGAAAAGCAUUCCUUUUACCUAAGGCUUCAACAAAUAAUUUUAGCAUCAUGAAAACUAAAAUAGUAGAAUGUGUACCAAAUUUCUCAGAAGGGCAAAACCAAGAAAUUAUAGAUGCCAUAUCCAAAGCCAUCCGUUCUACUGAAGGUGUCUCCUUACUUGAUAUUGAUCCCGGUCCAUCAACUAAUAGAACAGUCUAUACUUUUGUUGGUUCACCAGAUGCUGUAAUAGAAGGUGCUUUAAAUGCAGCAAGAGUUGCAUAUGAUCUCAUAGAUAUGUCAAAGCAUAAAGGAGAACAUCCUCGUCUUGGAGCUCUUGAUGUUUGCCCAUUUAUUCCUGUACAAGGCGUAGAAAUGGAGGAAUGUAUAUAUUGUGCCAGAAAAUUUUCCGAAAAGUUAGCUGCAGAAUUAAAAGUUCCAGUUUACCUCUAUGGCUUUGCCUCUGAACAGGAAUACAGGAAAACAGUUCCUCAGAUCAGAGCAGGGGAAUAUGAAGGAAUUCUUGAAAAGAUAGUCAAACCUGAAUGGAAACCAGAUUUUGGACCAACUGAGUUUGUUCCAAAUUGGGGAGCAACAAUGGCUGGAGCAAGAAAAUUUCUAAUAGCAUAUAACGUGAAUGUUUUAGGUACCAAAGAGCAAGCCCAUAGAAUUGCUUUAGAUAUCAGGGAGCAAGGCAGAAGUAAAGAUGAGCCUGGUAAGUUAAAAAAAUGUCAAGCUAUUGGUUGGUGGUUAGAUGAAGCAAAUAUUGCUCAAGUAUCUAUUAAUCUCACAGAUCAUGAUGUCACCCCUAUACAUAUUGCUUAUGAAGAAGUUUGUAAAGGGGCCAAAGAAUUAAAGUUAGCUGUUACUGGUUCUCAGAUUGUUGGAGUAGUUCCCUUGAGAGCAAUGCUACAAGUAGCUGAAUUUUAUAUAGCCAAAGAAAAUCUGUUUGUUUUGGAAGAAGAUCAAAAAUUACAUUUGGCAAUCAAUAGAUUGGGAUUACACUCAUUAGGUCCAUUUGUUCCUAAGGAGAGAAUCAUUGAAUACAUGUUACCAGAUAGUGAAGCUAAUUCUUUAACUAACAAAAGUAUGCAGGAUUUCAUAAAAACAGUCGCUGCUAGAACACCUGCUCCAGGAGGAGGUUCUGUAGCGGCUGCAGUUGCAGCUAUGGGUUCUGCUUUAGCAUGUAUGGUCGGACAAUUAACUUAUGGUAAGCGUCAGUGGGAAAGAUACGACUCUCAAAUGAGAAGAAUCAUACCACUCAUGCAUGAAACAAUGAAGGAAUUAAUUGCAGUGAUUGAUGCUGACACUUCAGCUUUCAAUGAUUACAUGGCUGCUCUGAAAUUGCCAAAAGAAACACCUGAAGAUAUUGCAAUGAGGGAAACAGCCAUGGAAGCUGGAUUAAAAAAGGCAAUUUCUGUACCAAUGUCUUUAGCAAAGUCUGUAAGUAAGCUCUGGGACUCAUUGAAAGAGUUAGCAGCUGUUGCAAAUUUUGGAACAAAGUCUGAUAUACAAGUAG